GUCGCUACGCGCGAGGUUUGAGUUUAAGCAAAACUGGUAUGGGAAAAACGAAAAAAGGAAGAGAAGAGAGGGAGGGAUAGGACACGCUGAAUGAGGGUGCGGAGAACUCCGUGCCAUUGUUAGGGAUAGACACCCCUCUUGUAACAAACACGCUCCCCGGCGCGACGGGCGUGUUUCACAGUGAAAGCCGAUUUAUUCGGGGAGAAAAAAAAUGGGUUUGGAUGCGGGAGAUGCGGAUUUUAUUCUGAAGGAGAACACGCAGACACACAAAUCCACGUCUUGCGGCAGACCUCUCACUUUCAUUAUGCAGAUUUUCAUGACAUCACUAACAUAUACUGCCAGGGUGCCGUUGUAAAGCAGCCAUACGUAGAAGCCUUGCCUUUAUGCAGCUCGUUUUUUGAAGGAUGCUGAAAAUUAGGUUCGUAAUGUGAAACAUUAAGAGUGAACGCACCGCACAGCUGCUCGUACAUAGCUUAAUUGCGGGGGAUCGUAUUGCUUCCUCUUAUGUCACAUGUGCUGUGUGUAUUCCUUUUGUGACUCCGGAGCAGCUGAAGGGAGGUUGGGAUACUAAACAAUAGACCGAAAUGCAGCGCUGUUCUUUGUAGCCAGCUAAUAACACGGACGGAAACUCACGACUGGAAAACGACAGCUGCGACCAGGAACACGAGAAUAUGGAGGUGAUCGUGCACUGAUAUCGUAACAGACAUAACUGGAUUUACUUGGCGUUAGAUUAUCCUCUGAAAUCGACCAGGAGAAAAAUAUGAAUUCCGCUGAGGCAGCCGAUGAAGGACCUAACGAUUCGGAUACGGACGCGUUUUUCAAAACAGGGUCUUUCAGGAACGAUGGGAUCAAAGCGGCUGAUGUUUUGCCUGUGCUGAAAGAGAAAGUGGCCUUCGUGUCAGGAGGCCGUGAUAAAAGGGGCGGACCGAUCUUGACCUUCCCUGCCAGAAGUAACCACGACAGAAUAAAACAGGAGGACCUGAGAAAACUGGUGACCUAUCUGUCUACUGUGCCCAGCGAAGAUGUUUGCAAGCGAGGCUUCACUGUGAUCAUUGAUAUGCGCGGGUCCAAGUGGGACCUGAUCAAGCCCCUACUGAAGACGCUGCAGGAGGCGUUCCCCGCUGAGAUCUGCGUUGCCCUCAUCAUUAAACCCGACACCUUCUGGCAGAAGCAGAAGACCAACUUUGGCAGUGCCAAGUUCACUUUUGAGACUAGUAUGGUGUCAGUGGAGGGUCUGACAAAACUGGUGGACCCAUCCCAGCUCACGGACGAUUUUGAAGGAUCUCUGGAGUACAACCACGAGGAGUGGAUGGAGCUACGCGUCUCCCUGGAGGAGUUCAUCGGCAGCGCGGCGCACCUCCUCUCCCGCCUGGAGGACCUGCAAGAGAUGCUGGCCAAGAAGGAGUUCCCGGCGGACGUGGAGGGCUCGCGGCGGCUCAUUGACGAGCACACGCAGCUGAAGAAGAAGGUGAUGAAGGCGCCGGUGGACGAGCUGGACCGCGAGGGCCAGCGGCUGUUGCAGUGCAUCCGGAGCAGCGACGGCUUCUCCGGCCGCAACUGCAUCUCGGGCAGCGCUGACUUCCAGAGCGUCGUGCCCAAGAUCGCCAGCCUGCUGGACAAGCUGCACUCCACCCGCCAGCACCUGCACCAGAUGUGGCACGUCCGCAAGCUCAAGCUGGACCAGUGCUUCCAGCUGCGGCUCUACGAGCAGGACGCUGAGAAGAUGUUUGACUGGAUCAGUCACAACAAGGAGCUGUUUCUGCAGAGCCACACGGAGAUUGGUGUCAGCUACCAGCAUGCUGUGGACCUCCAAACACAGCACAAUCACUUCGCCAUGAACUCUAUGAAUGCCUACGUGAACAUCAACCGGAUCAUGUCGGUGGCGUCGCGGCUGUCAGAGGCGGGGCACUACGCCUCCCAGCAGAUCAAGCAGAUCUCAGCGCAGCUGGAUCAGGAGUGGAAGAGCUUCGCCGCCGCCCUGGACGAGCGCAGCACCAUCCUCGCCAUGUCCGCCGUCUUCCACCAGAAGGCCGAGCAGUUCCUGUCGGGGGUGGAGUCGUGGUGCAAGAUGUGCAGCGAUGGCGGCCUGCCCACGGAGAUGCAGGACCUGGAGCUGGCCAUCCACCACCACCAGACCCUCUAUGAGCAGGUGACCCAGGCCUACGCUGAGGUCAGCCAGGAUGGGAAAGCUCUGCUGGAUGUUCUGCAGAGGCCGUUGAGUCCUGGAAACUCCGAGUCGCUCACGGCCACGGCCAACUACUCCAAGGCGGUGCACUGCAUCCUGGACGUGGUGCACGAGGUCCUCCACCACCAGAGGAGGCUGGAGAGCAUCUGGCAGCACCGCAAGGUCCGGCUGCACCAGAGGCUUCAGCUGUGCGUGUUCCAGCAGGACGUCCAGCAGGUGAUGGACUGGAUCGAAAACCAUGGCGAGGCCUUCCUGAGCAAGCACACCGGUGUGGGCAAGUCCCUGCACAGAGCCCGGGCCCUGCAGAAGCGCCAUGACGACUUCGAGGAGGUGGCUCAGAACACCUACACCAACGCCGACAAACUGCUGGAGGCGGCCGAGCAGCUGGCCCAGACCGGGGAGUGCGACCCAGAGGAGAUCUACAAGGCGGCCCGGCAUCUGGAGGUGCGGAUCCAGGAUUUUGUGCGCAGGGUGGAGCAAAGGAAACUCCUGCUGGACAUGUCCGUCUCCUUCCACACCCACACCAAAGAGCUGUGGACCUGGAUGGAGGACCUGCAGAAGGAGCUGCUGGAGGAGGUGUGCUCUGACUCGGUGGACUCCGUGCAGGAGCUCAUCAAGCAGUUCCAGCAGCAGCAGACCGCCACGCUGGAGGCCACUCUCAACGUCAUCAAGGAGGGGGAGGAUCUGAUACAGCAGCUGAGGGACUCGGCAAUGUCCAGCAACAAGAUGCCUCACAACAGCUCGAUCGCGCACAUCGAGAGCGUGCUGCAGCAGCUGGACGAGGCCCAGGGCCAGAUGGAGGAGCUCUUCCACGAGCGCAAGAUCAAGCUGGACAUCUUCCUGCAGUUACGCAUCUUUGAGCAGUACACCAUCGAGGUGACAGCGGAGCUGGACGCCUGGAACGAGGACCUCCAGCGGCAGAUGAACGACUUCAGCACGGAGGACCUGACGCUGGCGGAGCAGCGGCUGCAGCGGCACACGGAGCGCAAGCUGGCCAUGAACAACAUGACCUUCGAGGUCAUCCAGCAGGGCCAGGACCUGCACCAGUACAUCAUGGAGGUGCAGGCGUCAGGCAUUGAGCUGACGGGGGAGAAGGAGGUGGACCUUGCCACCCAGGUCCAGGAGCUGCUGGAGUUUCUCCAUGAGAAGCAACACGAGCUGGAUCUGAGUGCGGAGCAGACACAGAAACGCCUGGAGCAGUGUCUGCAACUGCGCCACCUACAGGCUGAGGUCAAGCAGGUUCUGGGAUGGAUCAGGAACGGGGAGUCCAUGCUCAACGCCAGCCUGGUGAACGCCAGCUCACUAUCGGAGGCGGAGCAACUGCAGAGGGAGCACGAACAGUUCCAGCUGGCCAUCGAGUCCCUGUUCCACGCUAACUCCCUGCAGAAGACGCACCAGAGCGCGCUGCAGGUGCAGCAGAAGGCGGAGGUCAUGCUGCAGGCCGGGCACUACGACCCCGACGCCAUCCGCGGCUGCGCCGAGAAGGUGGCGCUGCACUGGCAGCAGCUCAUGCUGAAGAUGGAGGACCGGCUCAAGCUGGUCAACGCCUCUGUGGCCUUCUACAAGACCUCUGAGCAGGUGUGCAGUGUGCUGGAGAGUCUGGAGCAGGAGUACCGCAGGGACGAGGACUGGUGCGGGGGCCAUGACAAGCUGGGGGCCAGCGCAGAGAUGGACCACGUGCUCCCCCUCAUCAGCAAGCACCUGGAGCAGAAGGAGGCCUUCCUCAAGGCGUGCACACUGGCCAGGAGGAACGCGGAGGUCUUCCUCAAGUACAUCCACAGAAACAACGUCAGCAUGCCCGGAGCCGCCAGCCACACCCGCGGGCCCGAGCAGCAGGUCAAAGCUAUCCUGAAUGAGCUGCUCCAGAGAGAAAACCGUGUUCUGCACUUCUGGACCAUGAAGAAACGGCGGCUAGACCAGUGCCAGCAGUAUGUGGUGUUUGAGCGCAGUGCCAAACAGGCCUUAGACUGGAUCCAGGAAACAGGAGAAUGUUACCUCUCCACUCACACCUCCCCUGGCGAAACGAGUGAGCAAACUCAGGAACUGCUGAAGGAGUAUGAAGAAUUUCGAGUCUCUGCCAAGCAAACUAAGGAGAAGGUGAAGCUUCUCAUCCAGCUGGCGGACAGCUUUGUGGAGAAGGGCCAUGUCCAUGUCAACGAGCUGAAGAAGUGGGUCACCACGGUGGACAAGCGCUACCGGGACUUCUCCUUGCGCAUGGGGAAGUACCGCUGCAGCUUGGAGAAGGCACUGGGCAUCAGCUCUGAGGAUAAUAAAGACCUGGAGCUCGACAUCAUACCGGCCAGCCUGACCGACCCAGAGGUCAAACUGCGUGACCCCAACCACGAGGUCAACGAAGAGAAGAGGAAGUCCGCCAGGAAGAAAGAGUUUAUAAUGGCUGAGCUCUUACAAACAGAAAAGGCCUAUGUCAGGGACCUGCAGGAAUGCUUAGAGACCUACUUGUGGGAGAUGACAAGUGGGGUGGAAGAAAUUCCACCAGGGAUCGCCAACAAGGAGCACAUCAUCUUCGGAAACAUUCAGGAGAUUUAUGAUUUCCAUAAUAACAUUUUCCUCAAGGAGUUGGUGAAUUACGAACAGUUACCAGAGGAUGUCGGACACUGUUUCGUCACAUGGGCUGAUAAAUUCCAAAUGUAUGUCACAUACUGUAAAAAUAAACCUGAUUCAAGCCAACUCAUCUUGGAGCAUGCUGGGAGCUUUUUUGAUGAAAUUCAGCAAAGACACGGCCUGGCCAAUUCCAUCUCGUCCUACCUUAUCAAGCCGGUGCAGAGGAUCACUAAAUAUCAGCUCCUGCUCAAGGAGCUGCUGACCUGCUGUGAGGAGGGUAAAGGUGAGAUCAAGGACGGCCUGGAGGUCAUGCUGAGUGUCCCAAAGAGAGCCAAUGACGCCAUGCACGUCAGCAUGCUGGAAGGAUUCGAUGAGAACCUCGACGUCCAGGGCGAACUCAUCCUUCAGGACACGUUCCAGGUGUGGGACCCCAAGUCCCUGAUCCGGAAAGGCCGGGACCGGCACCUCUUCCUCUUUGAGAUCUCGCUGGUGUUCAGCAAGGAAAUCAAGGACUCAGCCGGGCGCACUAAAUACGUCUACAAGAACAAGCUGCAGACUUCGGAGUUGGGGGUGACAGAGCACAUUGAAGGGGACCCCUGUAAGUUUGCCUUAUGGGCUGGAAGGACCCCCUCCUCUGACAACAAGACCGUUCUGAAAGCAUCGAGUAUCGAAGUAAAACAGGAAUGGAUUAAGAAUAUCCGGGAGGUUAUCCAGGAGAGGAUCAUUCAUCUGAAGGGGGCGCUAAAGGAGCCUAUCCAAAUGCCCAAAACCCCAGCCAAGCAACGCAACAAUAGCAAGAGGGAUGCUGGAGAAGAUGCAGACAGUCAGGGAGAUGGCAGCAGCCAGCCAGACACCAUCUCUAUUGCCUCCAGGACCUCUCAGAACACCGUAGACAGUGACAAGCUCUCUGGAGGCUGCGAGCUCACCGUGGUGCUCCAGGACUUCAACGCUGGCUGCAGCAGCGAGCUGAGCAUCCAGACGGGCCAGACGGUGGAGCUGCUGGAGCGGCCGAGCGACCGGCCCGGCUGGUGCCUGGUGCGGACCACCGACCGCAGCCCCCCCCAGGAGGGCCUGGUGCCCAGCAGUGCCCUCUGCAUCUCCCACUCCCGCAGCAGCGUGGAGAUGGAGAGCUUCUUCCCCGCGGGGAAAGAGAGCUACUCGGUCAGCGGGCCGGAGGGAAAGACUGAGUCGGUGGCCACGCUACAGCCUCAGGCCUCCAUGAGCUCCAUCCAGACGAGCUCCCCGGGGCCCAAGCGCUCUGGCAACACGCUGAAGAAGUGGCUGACCAGCCCGGUGCGUCGGCUCAGCCAGGGCAAGGCCGACAGCGGCGUCAAGAAGAUCCCCAGCAAGCCCAAGAAGCGGGACGGCCGCAAGAGCAUCGACCUGGGCCUGCCCAACUUCGGCGAGAAUGAGACCGCCACGCAGGAUGAGAGUGCGGACGAGCGGGGCCGGAAGGAGGGCCCUCUCUCCAAGCUGUCCUCCGGAAUGCAGAGCGGAGGAGAGGAGGAGCCCGAGGACGAGUCGCACACGCCCCUCCCUCCCCCCAUGGAGAUCAUCAAGGAUCCCUCCGCCCAGGACGAGAAGUCCUCCGCAUUGCUAGCCGCUCGGCAGGGUGCUGCCGACGUCCCCAGUGCCGCCGAGCUUGUCAGUGCAAUAGAAAAAUUGGUCAAAACUAAAAUGACGCUGGAGCCAGGAUUAUAUCAAGGCAUCAGUGUCACGAGUCCACCUGACCAGACUGCAGGGCAGCCCACAAGCCCUGACAAGGAGAAGAGGGCCAAAGCCUUAAGCGGGCGCAUGUUUGUUCUUAACGAACUUGUGCAGACGGAAAAGGACUACGUCAAGGAUUUGGGCAUUGUGGUGGAGGGAUUUAUGAAGAAAAUAGAGGAGAAGGGAGUUCCUGAAGACAUGAAAGGAAAAGACAAGAUUGUUUUUGGGAACAUCCAUCAAAUCUAUGACUGGCACAAAGAUUUCUUCCUCGGCGAACUGGAGAAAUGUCCUCAAGACCCUGACCUGCUCGCACAGCUUUUCAUAAAACAUGAGAGACGGUUACACAUGUACGUGGUUUACUGCCAGAAUAAGCCCAGGUCUGAGUUUGUUGUCAGUGAAUAUGACUCGUACUUUGAGGAGAUUCAGCAAGAGAUAAACUCCAGACUGUCCAUCAGUGACUUUCUGAUUAAGCCAGUCCAAAGGAUAACCAAGUACCAGCUGCUUCUCAAGGACUUCCUGAAAUACAGCACUAAGGCAGCUGUGGACUGUCAGGAAAUUGAGAAAGCAGUUGAUCUAAUGUUCCUGGUGCCCAAACGCUGCAAUGACAUGAUGAACCUGGGACGACUGCAAGGCUAUGAGGGGAAGCUGACCAGCCAGGGCAAGCUGCUGCAGCAGGACACCUUCUUCGUCACCGAGCAGGACUCGGGCGUCCUGUCCCGCAGCAAGGAGCGCAGGGUCUUCCUCUUCGAGCAGAUAGUCAUCUUCAGCGAGCUCCUCCGCAAGGGCUCGUCCACGCCGGGCUACCAGUUCAAGAAGAGCAUCAAGGUGAGCUACUUGAGCAUGGAUCCAAAUGUGGAGAACGACCCCUGCAAGUUCAUCCUCUACUGUCGGGGGUCAUCUGAGAGAUUCACCCUGCAGGCUGCCAACCAGGAGAUCAAGCAGGUCUGGGUACACAGCAUUAACGAGGUGCUGGAGGCUCAGAGCAACUUCCUGUCAGCUCUACAGUCGCCGAUUGAAUACCAGAAGAAGGAGGGCGGGUCUCAUACCCUGACCCGAAACUCGUCCGGCGGCGGCCGCCCCGCCCAGUCCAACAGCCGGCCCCUCUCCUCCACGUCCGUGGGAGCGGAGAAGCCCCCCCUCUCAGGCCGCGCCUCCACACCUCUGAAGAUAUCUACCUCUAACGGCAGCCCCUCCUACGACCCCCAUAAACUGGGCGAGUCUGCCAGGCACGACACAGCUGGAUGUAACGGGAUGUCCUCCACCAUGAUGGUGACCCAGGACUACAGCGCACUGAAGGAGAACGAGAUCUGCGUCAGCCAGGGCGAGAUGGUCCAGGUCCUGGCCACCAACCAGCAGAACAUGUACCUGGUGUACCGGCCCGCCAACAGCCAAUCCCCCGCCGCCGAAGGCUGGGUGCCAGGUCACAUCCUGGGCCCGCUCAGUAAAGCCCUCAUAGACAGUGCUGAUGGAAGCAUCAAGAAAUCUCUCUCAUGGCAUACCCUGCGCAUGAGAAAGCGGGCGGAAAAGGAGGGCACUUGCAAAAGUGACGCAAAGGUUGAGAAUGGACUGCGUAAGCCAAAGGAAAUUCUGAGCAGCAAGGUCACUGUUAAAGAAUCUAACAGCUCAGAGGAGUCAGAUUGCGAUGAGCUAGACCCCAAAACUAGCAUGGAGCUACUGAAUCCCAAUUUUAUACAAGAAGUGGCCCCAGAGUUCCUGAUUCCUCUGGCUGACGUGACAUGUGCAUUUGGUGAGACCGUGGUCUUGUGUUGCAAAGUCUGCGGUCGUCCUAGACCGAACAUCACCCUGAAAGGACCAGAUCAGAACCUGGUUGUCAACAAUAGCCGCUUCACCAUAAACAUCAGAGAAACAGGGGACAUCCUACUGAAGAUCUGCAACCUGAUGCCCCAGGACACGGGCAUCUACACCUGCGUGGCAAUCAACGACCACGGAACUGCCUCCUCCUCUGCCUCCAUUAAAGUGCAAGGUAUCCCAGCAGCACCGGCGCGGCCGGUGGCCCAGGAAGCGAGCAGCACAGCGGUGAUCGUGCACUGGCUCCCCCCAGCCAGCUCGGGGAACUGCGCCGUGUCCAGCUACACUGUGGAGUACAGGCAGGAAGACUCACUGGUGUGGCAGCAGGCGGCAGUGGUGACCACGGGGGACAUGUGUGUGAAGAUCGAGGAGCUCAUCCCAGGAGGGCACUACCAGUUCCGGGUCAGCGCCAGCAACCCCUGGGGAGUCAGCCCCCCCAGCGAGCCCUCAAACAUGGUGACCCUGCCCAGCGGGAAUUCCUACGAUGGAACAGGUAUCCAGUGGAAAGACAACUUUGAAUCUGCUUUCACAGAAAUCAGUGAAAUUGGAAGGGGCCGGUUCUCCGUGGUGAAGAAGUGCCUGAACAAGGCCACCAAGAAGGAGGUGGCGGUGAAGUGCAUCAGCAAGAAGAUGCAGAAGAAGGAGCAGGUGGCCCACGAGGCGGACAUCCUCCGGCACGUGCAGCACCCCCAGCUGGUGAAGCUGGGCGACACCUACGAGUCCCCAACCUCCUUCAUGCUGGUGCUGGAGCUCCUGGAAGAUGGCAGACUCCUGGACUACCUGGUGGCCCAUGACGAACUGAUGGAAGAGAAAGUGGCCUUCUAUGUGAAGGACACCUUAGAGGCCCUGCAUCAUCUCCACACCUGCAAAGUGGCUCACCUGGACCUAAAGCCCGAGAACCUGCUGGUGGAUCUCCACGUGCCCGUUCCCUGUGUGAAGCUCAUUGAUCUCGGGGACGCCGUCCAGGUGUCGGGCCACCGUUACGUGCACCUGCUCCUGGGGAACCCCGAGUUCGCGGCCCCGGAGCUGAUCCAGGGCACGCCGGUGUCCCUGAGCACGGACGUGUGGAGCGUAGGGGUGCUGGCCUACGUCAUGCUGAGCGGGGUGUCGCCCUUCCUGGAUGAGAGCCUGGAGGAGACUUGCAUGAACAUCUGCAGGCUGGACUUCUGCUUCCCGGACGAGUACUUCCGCGGGGUGAGCCAGGCGGCCCGGGACUUCAUCACCUCCGGCCUGCAGGAGGACCCCCGCAAGCGGCCCAGCGUGGCGUCCUGCCUGCAGCACCCCUGGGUCAGGGCGCACAGUGGGGACUACUCCCGCACCCCCCUGGACACGGCGCGGCUGGCUUCCUUCAUCGAGAGGCGGCGGCAGCUCAACGACGUCCGGCCCGUCACCAACAUCAAGGGGCUGGUGACCAGCAGCAUGGGACACACCCUGUGAUGGCCGCCCGUCUCCGGCCCGCUCUCCGCCCCGUUUCUGGCCCACCCCGCGCCCGCCUCUGGGUCACCCCGCGCCCGCCUCUGGGUCACCCCGUGCCCGCCUCUGGGUCACCCCGCGCCCGCCUCUGGGUCACCCCGUGCCCGCCUCUGGGUCACCCCGUGCCCGCCUCUGGGUCACCCCGCGCCCGCCUCUGGGUCACCCCGUGCCCGCCUCUGGGUCACCCCGUGCCCGCCUCUGGGUCACCCCGCGCCCGUCUCUGGGUCACCCCGUGCCCGCCUCUGGGUCACCCCGCGCACCCCUCUCUUGGUGGAUCCCCACGUUCAGGCACUAACUGCACCUGUAUAAAAGGGAACAAUAAAAAGCAUUCUCCCUGUCUGGCUCCUGCUGAACUUUAACAUCUUGUUCUAGACUUAAGUCUCUGCAGCGGAACAUUUGUCUAAGGUGCUUUACACAAGUCUUGAUGUGACAAUAAAAAUAUAUAUAUAUUGGCACUGCACUACAAUAUUACAUCUCCCAGGGAAUAUCAGGAAAAAAAAUACCCAUAAGUCCUUGCAACUAUUGUAAGUAAAGAAGCCUUUAAAAAUAUUUCAUUAGCAAUUUAAUUGCAUUACUACUAUGAUGUUAUGUUAUUCAUUUUAAUCCUCUUGAUUGUAAUUGUGAACACAUUAAAAAACCCCAACAGAGACAUAAAAAAAGGACAAAGGAAAAUACACAUCUAAGAAAGUACAACUUUUGAAUGUAAAAUAUGACAGAAUAUGGUCAAAUAGUGAUGAUAUACCAUGUGUAAAGAUAUUUAGAAUUUGUUACAAGGGGAUGCACUACAUUGUUUACGGUAUAACAGCUGUAGUAAAAGAUCUGAAUGAAAGCAUUAUCCUGUGUCUAGCAGGGUUGCGAUCUAUAUCAUACUGUCGUACUGACCAAUGCAGGGCAAAAUAAAGGGGAAAAUACUAUCACGCAUAUUGUUAUACUAAGGAACAUGUCUAACAUGCCUAACUGGCAUGAAAGGCAGAUUGCAACAGAGGGUCAAAUACUGUGGUUUCUUUCCAAUGAACCACUGUCAUCUUAUUGGUUCCUGUGUAAAUGUGGAACUCGGAAUUCAGAAUUCCAGAAUGUCCACAAUGCAGUUUGGGACCCAUUCAUUUCUUCAGUCUGGUCAUUUGUUAUGCUGUGGCCUUGAUCAACAAAGCAUUUCAUUUUAAUUGAAAGCAUAACAAAUGGAAAACCUUAAAGGGAACAUGUUAUCAUACCCACAAAAAUGAAAUGAAACUUAAAAUAACUUAGCCUUAAAUUGUUAUUUUGAAUAAUUUCUUAUUCAAAACCUAAAUCCACAAAGGUCCAAGUUUAUUUAUGGGUAGCGUUUUAUAUGAUGUUUAUUUAUUCACAUUUUAUUUAUUAUAUCUAUAGAUAUUCAAUUUAAACACAGCAAUCACAACCAGCAACUCAAUGGUGCCAACAGGUAAAACUAAUGUCUUUAUGAACUCUGUGAGGUGGAGCACUGCUCUGAGUACUGCUCAGAACCAAACACUGACUUCAAUAAACUGCCCUUUUGUUCAAAACUCCAAACACCUAGCAAGUGAAGAGAGUACUGACCAAAAUUUUCCCACCUUUCAAUGGGGAAUAGACCCUUUAAUCCCAGGACUAAAACAACUGUGAAAUUAUUUGACGUGGCUUUACAAAGAUUUCUGUUUACAGAGGCUGCAGCUGAGUCUGUCCCACGUGGCAGUGACUGAUUCAACAAUGCUCUUUUUCAUCUUCAGUAUUUUGUGCAUUUUGAGUUUGGAUCGUCUCUGUACGAGAUCUGUAAACAGUGUUUGAUUCUGGAUCUUAGGGGCUUGCUGAAAACUUUUUCUCCAUUAUUAUGUAAGAAUCUCUGCAGCAUCUGAUCACAGCACUGAUUAGUAUUGAUGUUGUACAUAUCAAGCCUCCUUGUGUUUGUUCUUAUUUUCUGUGAGUAUCGGCGUUCUUCAGUCACACUACACAGUUGUCAGUUGGAUUCACUAAUGCGUUGGUGUUGGUUUGUCUUCUGAAAACUGUACACGAUGCUUGAGAUCAACAUAGCAUGGGGCAAAUAGUAGCCAUGCUGACAAACUGGUGUUUUUGGGGGUGGUGGAGGAUGGAUUUGCAUGGAGAAUACGCAGAGAAUCGCAUCAGAAUUUUAGGUAAUUUCCAGAACACUGCAGACUGCUCUUUGACCUGGUGUGAGUCAAGAACAAAAGGACACAACCUCAAGAGAUGGUCAGGAGACCUUGUGCACCUUUUGACCUGCAUGCAGCCAUAGGAAAUCUUUCUUCAGAUAUAAUCACUGAUGUAUUGACAAAUGGAAUCAUACUGAUGGCAUUUCUGCUAAAAGAUAAAAAGAGAUCAUAAUCCAAUGUGCCUGGUACAGUUUUAUGAAGGUCUGAGCAAACUUGGCCCUGAUGUUGGUAUGGCAAUGGCAGUCAGCAUCUUUCAUUUAAUUUAACCUGCUUAGCAAAAGAGGCUGAAAUGUGCUAGGAUAGCAUACACAAUUGUGAAAAGUAGCAUACAGACCAAAAAAAAAAAGAAUUUACCCUUUGUGUAGUGUUAUACUCCAUAGCAAAAAUGUCAAAGACUCUGAGUAGAUCUGCAGAUUUAACUGUGCAAAUAUACAGCGUCAAAUGAGAGUACCGUUUCGCUCACACCAGUUUAACCCAUGUCAUGUUCAGGCUCUGUGUGAAUAGUGUCUCAAGGGGAAUGAGGAACCAUCUCACGAGCAAAACCGCUGUCAACUGCCAAGAGUAGAGUGAGGCGUGUUCUUGGUUUUCAUGAAGAACUUCAGAAUUGAUCAUCUAGGUCAGCCACAGUGACAUUGACUUCAUUCAGCUUUAUAUAACCCAGGCCUCAUCUGAGCAGAAUUACAGGCAUUGUGAUGGUAUUACAACACUUCACUAUAGAUGUUAAUGCUCUCAGCCAUUUCAGUGUGUAAAUUCAGUGUCAACUAACCACUGCGCUACUAAUCAACGGUGCAUUGCUUAAGUCUAAUAUGUUACCUGACUGCUGUAACAGCUGGAUUUCUGCUUAAUGUAAUUUUUUGCCAGAGUGGUGGCAUCAGCACCUGAAAUGAUUUAAAUAAAGAUGUUAAGUAUUACUGUAUAUGCUUUGUUCACUGCAACAGCAUGCACCAUGUACAUUGCAUCAUUUCAUGUAGUAUGGUACUUUGUACAUAAAUAAGUGUAUAGGAUUUGAAACCAAAUCUGAAAAAUGCUUUCUUAGACCAC